ACCAUCACCUCUGCACUCUAAGCCUAUUGGCCAUUACUGACUUUCUUCGGUACACCUACCAGUAUCCAAAGCUAAUCUCACCUGGGGGAACGACUACCGAAGGCAUGAAAAUGGAGUUCUCGGCGCUGCCGGACGAAGUGCUGCUGCAUGCUCUGACUUUCUUGACUCCGGCCACUCUUCUGCGCUGCCGGGCCGUCUGCCGCAGGUGGAAGCAGCUGGCGCUGCACCCGCUGGUCUGGAGGAGCCAGACCUUGAGAAUCUCCGGUGGUCGCAACACCAACAAGGGUAUGGCCAGACACAGGCAGCUACGCUUGGCUACCGUCGUUCUCCGCCUUGCCCCUUGCCUGGGCCUUUUGAAAGUGUCAGACUUCGGUAAAGUCUUCGAUGUGGUAGGCCCUGCUCUCAUCAACAACUCGAAGUUUUCCUUGUACGACUUGGACAUCUCCUUCAGGUCGUCAGACGCAUUCAUGGUCGCCAUGGUUCUUGACAGGCAGGCUUCUUUCGGACGCCUGAAGGCAGUUCGUUUGAGAGUUUUGGGACAUGCCUCGCAGGAUGCCGCGGUGCGCAGGCUUGGUGGAUUGCUGUUACAGUUGAUCCGAACUCCUGGGUUGCAAUCGGUGGAAAUAUCAAUUCCCUCUAUGCCCGGUGACGUGACGCUGCCGCCACUGGAACGUCCAGUCUUGGUGUCUGCAUCACUGCAACGGUUGAGCUUCGUGUACAACAGAGGCUAUUUUGACCUCCACCUGUGCGUGCUACUGAAGUUACAUACAGCAACUCUGGAGGAGGUAAAGAUCGCCACAUUUGACGCUCAUGCAGCGUUCCUGCUGUCGCGCAUGCCCCGUCUGCGCAAGCUGCAGUGCACCGUGAUGGACGCCAUGCCGCUUCUGCAGCACUGCCCGUCGCUGCGCGCCCUGCGCCUGGACCUUCGCGUCGACGCAGGCCUGCACUCGACGCGAGCGCGCCUGUCCGGACUGGCGGCGUUCCUUCGCGCGGCCGGGACGCGUCUGCACAGUGUGGAACUGGUGUUCGGCGACGACAAGCCCGACGAGUUGGUGGACGUGGUGGCUUGCCUGGGGGGCCCGGGGACGGCCUCGGCGGCGCUGCGGCGCCUGGCCUUCUCGCACAGCGUCACAGAGGACGCGGAGAAGCCUCUGCUUCCCUUGGCCAGCAUCCUGGAGCACCUGCCGGACCUGACCUUCCUGGACAUCGACUGCGUGGCGACGGACGCCUUCCUGGAGGCCCUGGACGGCAGUGUGCUGCCCCAACUCCUGGGGCUGGCAGUGUACCUCCCUCGCGAUGUGUGUAAACACGUGUGGAGUCACGGGCAGCGGCUGCGAGCGGUACUGCGGAAGAACCCGAGGCUGCAUGUCGUCAUGAAAGGCAACGAUUGUGAUGAAUUCUGCGUUUGCGAGUUCUGCCAGCAGUACACCUGCCACCAUGUCCCCGGCGACCUCAAGUGCAUCAUGUACAGCCACCCCACGGGGGCGCGUUGCGGACUGCUGCACGACGCGCACUUGGAGAUGCGCGUUUUCUGUAGGUGGUUUUGAUUCCGGGUCAACUGCUUGGUUCGUUUCCCUUCCAACCAUCAGAAGUAGAUUGUAGUUAGACUUUUCUCUGAACGAUAAAGCUCAACAAAUGUCUGCCUAUGCCACAAUCCCGAGCGUUUCAAUCAACUUUCACCUCACUCUCCGGUUCAUUGUUAUAUUUUUAUUGUUAAAAUUUAUUUUGUUGUUUUUAUUUGAUAUAAUUUUAUUGUUAAUUUUUACCAAGAAAUUUGAAGAAAUGUAUAGUUUUGGUGGACCAGAAUUGAAUUUCGUUUGUUUAACGAGAGGUUUCUUAAAUGGCAUAUUUUUGUUUCCCAAGCACCAUUAAUAUUUAAAGUUUUUAACAGUUUCAGUACUUAUACAGCAAUAUUGUUUCAACCCCUUAAAAUAGAGCUCAAGUUCGUUGGGCAAAUGUAUUCCUAUGUGUAUAAGUCAACCUUUUGUUUAUUAAAAGUUUUACGAAACAUCUUUAGAUUGAA